AUGCAAAAGACAGAGAGAGUGAUUGCAAUUUCACAGACAGAAGAGAGUGAUUUCAAUUGUGUUUUGCUGUGUAUGUUUGCUAGCUUCAUCAGGAAGUUAGCUGCCCAGUCCACGAUUUACAAUCUUUGGAAGCAAAGGAACAAUGUGGUUCACAACCAAGUCUCGAUCCCAGCUCCUACAAUCUUCAAGCUUAUCGAUAGAGAAAUCAGAAACAUUAUCACCGCAAGACGCAAGCGCAAACGUUACCGUAACCUGAUGCAAAUCUGGUUAACUUGA